UGCUUCGUAGACGUCUGACACGGUGCUUCUGCUCGUAGACCUCACUGUUUUGUCGUUCACAUUGCUGUUCGGUCGAUUUCAGCAACUUGGACGUUGGCAAAGUCCUCCCGUUCGCCGUCGGCUGUCAUGGUGCAGCGCAGAUCCAGGCAGGAGACGCCGUCGCGUAUCAUCGGGUCUUUCACCCGUGGCGCCGAGUUUCCAGAUCCGGAAAAACUCCGGUCGUUUUCGGAUCCUGAGAAUCGACAGCUGGUGUGUUGUGGCUUGCCUGUUUGGAGAAAGGACCAGCGUUCAAACAGGGUGUGGCGGGGCAGUUUUUCUGUCUGUUUAACAGCAACCGGGGAAGAAAGCCGUUGCUUAGGUUGUCAACUCGCCUGCUUUUUUUUUCUGGGAGCGACCUCAGCCGGGAUCAAGGUUGGAGAGCGAUGAGUCUGCCAAUGGGACAAGUCUUGAAACUUCUGUGCGAAAAACUCUUUUCCUUUGUGGUUACUCGGCAUUCAAUACGACAUUUGGACUACUUCUCGGGGGUGCCCUACUCUCUUCUUCCUUUUCUUUCACCAGUCGGCGGCGAUCUGAAGAGGCGUCGCAAACAUGGGAGAACCUCUGCUCGUUUCCUACACUUUUUUUGACAUUCUGCUUGUGGAGAUGCGCCAGGCAUAGAUUACGGCAGUCUCCGUGCGUCUGUCUCGUCUUGCCCCUCUGCCUUCUUUAAGAAUGAAUCACGGCUCUGGCGGGGUGAGCUAAAGAGCCUGUCGAGCAAGUUAGUAAAAUGCCGUUCAUGUGAAGAACCUGAUUGAAAAACACGCGACCGCGGGGAUACAUUGCAUUUGUUUCGGAGCUGCUAGAUCCUUCUGCUGUUCUGAUGAAUACGAUUAACAACAUAGGAGGCUGAACUUGACCCCUUUUAGCAGCCUUAAGCAGUCCACAGGGAUGGUGGCGUGCAGCUGUCAUACAGAACUGGAGUGUCUGUAUCUCGUAGCUGAAGUCGUUUGCACUAUCUUAGAAAUCAUAGCGCCAGCCAUCGUAGAGAACUGGGUUGUCGCUACCUCACAAUUGGAGCCCUGUAUUGCAUGCUUGGUACGACAAUACCAUAUCUACUAGAGAACUUGGUUCUGUGUUUUUCGUGAUUCAUCUUGACAGGUGCUACUCGUUUUUGGGUUUCGUCUCCUAAAGGGAUGCCAGCGGUGACGCUGCCAGCCAGGCACUGUCAGCAGGGCAACACCCGUCUGUCGUUUUCUUUCCCUGUUUCUCGCUCUGGAUGAUUCACGAGUUUCUGUGUUUCUUUCCUCUCCCUCUCUCUCAUUCUUAGUUAGUUCACUUUCGCCGUUCACCUGUCUCACGCCACAGAAACAUGUCCCCCAUUUCUUCUCGACUUCUUGAUUUUGAGUGAACCGAAGGAAGAACCGUCUGCUCACGUACGCUUUUCGUCUGUCUCUGCUUGCCCCGUAGUUUCUCCUCGCAAUCUGCCUCGCCCGUGGAGUUAGUUUCCGUCCUAUGUGGCGACAGACGCUGGUUUACCAGCCCCGCCUGGCCAUCAAGCCUCAGCAGAAACCGACUCUUUGUAUCCCUAGUCCCUCCGGCUUCUUUUGGUGGGGACAAUGGCGAUCCUCCGUCUUUCCUUCGUGUUCUCUCUCUCGUUGCUCAUCGCUCUGUAUUCGGUGUGGCAGCAUAUGCUGCAUGCACGGGCGUCCAAGCCAGCCGUGUUGAGGAAGCUGCCUGGCGCGAGUGAGCUCCUCCGAUCUCUUUCGGGUUCGAGUAUCUCUGCGUGGAGGCGCGUCCGCGCUGUGUUUCACGAAACGCUCGUUUUGACAGAUGUCGACGACACACUGUGGUCCUCGGGGGCCUGGCGGUUGGGGGGGAAGACUCUCGGGGGAGUUGACGAGGACCUCUCUAGGGGUCAAACGUACCCCGGUAUAGGGGCUCUCUACUUCCUUCUUUCUGCAGGACCGCACGUGACAGCAGCUCCUGUCAACAAGUUCCUGCCGACUUGUCCGGUGCCCCUCGUCUCCCCGCUGUUCGAGACCUGCCAAGUGGGAGACGCGCGGAGGUCGCUGGCCGGAGCAACCGGCCGAGUCACAGACACUUGGGUGUUUGGAGGCGGGGAAAGAGCGAAGGAAUUGCAGGACUCUCGGAGGAAGCCUGCAGAGAAGAGACCGCUGCUCCCGCCUCGCGUUGGGCUACUGACAGCCCGGGCGUCCAGUGCAGCCAUGAGAUCUUUCACGCGAUCCCCGUCGUUCUACGCGGCCGUCACCGCCGCACUCAUUCAUGGAGCAAGACAGAUCUACGGCCCCGGAGUCGACGACUGGGGACGCGUGCGUUUUGAGAAUAACAUGGAACUUCUUCGAGAUGUGAUUGGCGGCCAACACUCGCGAGGCCGGGGGAAAGUCAGUGGCUUCAAGGAGGCCCUCGAAAGGUUUCCUAAACAAACGCCAGUCUUUGUCGGAGACUCUGGCGAACGAGACGUCGAAGCGGCAGCGGGGAUGGCUCUCUUUGCACAGGAGAAACUCGCAGCCGUCUUCGUCCAUGUCGUCUUCAGUAAUUGGGAAAAUGAAAAUCCGGAUGAGAUCGAGCAAGCAAUCGCGGCUCCGAGAGCUACUCCUUUCAACCUCAGAUUCAACAAUCGGCGGAUUCCAGCCCUGCAGCUGGCAUACGACGUCCAGGCGAACUUGCAUCCCAGCGAUCCGAAACCAGAAAGUUUCGCGGCGCUUUCAGACACACAUUUAUAUUCUGCAGGCAUGCGCGUGGCGAGUGUCAUGAAGCCGCUCAUGAUUGCGUACGGCCACCAGAGCCGGCGGCAAAGGGCGAAGCCUACGGAGAGACACGACAGGAGGACGAACAAGGAUGAGGAAGGCAUUGGAGACAUUGUGGCGCUUCCUAUCUUUUUCCUCAAAUUUCGGGAUUUGACUGUGAAACGAAGUAUGUCGGUUAGGCGGCAAACGACUUCAAACCCGUUCAGGAAGCUGUACUCCCACCUCUCCACGGGGUUGAAAAACAGUGUCUCCAAGGUGGUCGACCUAUGGGCUGAGGAAGAACAACUCCGCAGCUAUACGGACCUUCGCACAGUUCCCGCUGACGAGUUAGGCGUCAGUAGCGAUCCAGGCGUUCCGUUCAUCCCGUACAGAACGGCAUUGGGGGCUGGUAUAUCGGCGUUCAUUCUCGAAAUGAUUACGUUCCAAGAUUUAAUCAACUUGGCGGUGUCUUCGAUCCGAGACUUCCGGUCCCUAGGCCCGCCUCAGUCGUGCGCCCAGCAGCAGGGUUUGGAGGAUUUGUAUUUUGACCUGAGGUACAUGCUGGAGGUCACCGGGGAGGCCUUGCAGUCGGUACAUGUGGAGAAUCGAGCGAUUUUCGAAGACGGGGUCGCGGCGAUGCGAACCUUUCACACCAAAGCUGUCGACGCAUGCAUCCCAUCGGGUCCGGCCGAGCCCUGGACUGUGGGCGAAGAAAUCGGCGCCUGUCUCGCGCUGUUCCGAACUCCGCGGGCAGCUGCGAGCCCCCCCAGGGACCCCACAGACAGCCUCCCAGAGGCGGCAGGCUUAGGCGACAUCCCGCAUGCGGUUCUGCCGCUUGCGCGAGUGGUGUGCACUUUCGUGGAUCAACUGAAGCACUGGCGAAGCGCGGGUGCUGACGAGACUGAGGUAUUGAGUUUGGAAUUCUCAGUCGCGUUGAAUGAAGCGGUGGACAUGAGCAACAGACCGUUCGGCAUCGGCGGACAGCCAGUGACGAGUCUAGCCAACCUCUCUGGAGACAGCACCUCCCGCGAAGUUCCAAGGCCCUCUGGAACUUUGCGUAUGGAAUCACUUCCCAUGUCUCCGCUACGCGACGCGGACGUCGCGUCUGUGUUUCCUCGAUCGCUGCGUUCUCGCCCAACGUCUGGCACCGUGAAUCUUUCGUUGCCAAUACCACCUGGCUCGCCGGGAAACUCUUCGUUUCCUCAGGUCUCCCUCACGGGUCAGCCUGGUGAUGAGGCAGAUGCAAGGCCAUCUGGACGAGGCAACGAGUCCAACUUCGUUUCUUCGUCGGGAUUCUCGCCGCUGUCCGCCACCUCUCCCGCCUCAGACCCCGCACCGAUGUCCCCGGAUCGGGCGCAUCUCUAUUGGACAAAAGAGGCAGAACGUCAAAACGUCGAACGCCGAAGUUCCGGAGCUAUCGCGACAUCAACUCAAGCCCCGGCUGCAUCUCGGGAUCUACCGGACUCACUGCAGAUAGAAGGAACGGUAGAUUCUCCUUCGUCGUUCCAGAGUCGAGGCGCCUCCGCAGAUCGUCAGAGGCCUCAGGGUCGGAUCGAGGACGGCGCCUUUGCUUCUCCGUUCUUGCCUGGCCUGUCGACUACGGCAGGGCCAUCGGGACAGGGACGAACCUCGGUGGAUCUCGUGCGAAGCGGAGCGCUUAGCUCGCGUCUUAACGCGGCCUCUGGGGCAGCUCUUGGCGAUGUUAUCAGCGCCGCGCCGAGCGACUGUCCAUUCGGGGGGCUCAGGAAGUUGCUGGCUACAAUGCGCCCAAUCUGCGAGCACCAAAAGAAGCUUCUUGGAGAUGCCUCGCCGUGUGCAUUGAUGUCACACCUUCUCUACGAAGAGGGUCUGAUGCACAUCUUCGCCACAGUCACGGCGUGGUACGAAGACGGCGCUCGCGAGCCUCUUUACAUCACGAAAAUGCACCUCACUCUGGAUCCGGCGGAAGCCAAAUUAGAGACGCUGAGGAAGAGAGAAAGCGACAAUUUCGCGCAUUUGGGUAUGGGCGUCUUGAAACGCGGCAGGGGGCACAGCACCUACGAUAUUGACCGGCUGCAGGCGAACCAUCGCGAGUUCGCUCGGUCCUACCCUGGGUUCAAGAAUCUUUCGUGCAACCCCUUCGAGGCGUGAGACUCUCACGCCUCUUGCAGGCCCGGAUUUGCUUUUUUUAUUUUUCUUUCAGGCAUUUUAUACAGAAUUCAGGCUGUAUCGUAAAUGGCUAGGAGUGUGAAAAUCCGUAUAAAAGAGUCUCAAAUUGGGGAUGCGUAGCUCUUUGCAGGAAACGUGUGUGUGCGCGCCGACCGCGUUGGCUCGACGCCAGGGUCCAAUCCCACGCACGGGGGACGCCGGAACACCUCGGUGACUCCUCGUUGUUGUGUCUGGUGCCCGUUCGCAAAUCUGUCAUUGUCGUCUUCGGAAAUCUUCUGUAACCGUCACCCGUGGCGGCCGACGUCGCUCCGGGUGUUUCGUGGAGAAACGUCCACGUACGCGCGUCUCCGAGCCGCUGUCGCUCCCAGCUAGUCAGGUGCUUGCGUCUUAAUGGAAAAUUGUUGUUAACCCUCCUGUGGUUUUGUAACGAGGUGCACGUGCAACGCUGUGCAUACGGCCAGGGAGGGUGCGCGAUUGAGUUGCAGCGUCCUUUGCGCAUGCAGAGCCAGCUAUGGCUUGGAAUCUGGAGCCUUUUUCGCGAUGGCCGGCGGGACUCCUUGUUCGAUCUCUCACGACGCCGCCAUGUUCGUUUUGUAGGUCGUUGCAUGCGCCUCCGCGACAUAUGGCGCGUAAAGACACAAAGCCGUCAGCCGCGUGUCCCAGAGACGAACUCUCCUCGUUCCUCUUUUUAAGAUCUGAGCGAUCGCCGUCGCCUUCGGUGGACCGGCGGCCUCAAGCCCAUAGCGUGUGUGCGUCAUGCUAAGGUGCUAAGUAGGGUAUUGAGGACAGAAGGUUCAUGAUACCUGUAGGCCCCUAGAAACUCGCUUCCUCCCAUAAUGGGCUAUCCGUGAGGAGGGCCGUGGCUAUAGGAAGUUUUUAAGACUGCGAGCCG